AUGCGCUGGUCCGUCGCCGCUCGCGGGUCCGAUGCGGACGUCGGCCUCGUUCUAUCUCUUUACAGAGAGAGUUUGGCUCUGAAGAGCGAGCUGGAUGGCCUGCUUCACGCGAGGAGCGAGCUGGCUCGAUCAAGCCGAUCGGUCGACGAAGAAGGAAGAAAAAAAAAAACUCAGUCCAUUGAAACGAAAUCUCGAUUGAACGAGCUGCGAGAGAGGCUGUACUUCGAGGCCUCCAAGCUGCCCAACUGGGUGCAUCCGGAGAUCCCGAAGCGAGGAGAGCCCCCGAGAAUCGUCCGAGAGUUCGGCGCGCGUCCCGUGUUUGAAGGCUUCGAACCCCUGACUCACUUGGAACUGGCGACAGAGAAAAACUGCAUUUUUUUCUCUCAUCUUUGCGGAGGCAGCAAAUUUUAUUAUGGAAAGGGAGACGUGGCGUUGCUGGAACUCGCACUCAUCAACUGGGCUACGACAUUCGUCUCGUCUAAGUACGGUUUCGCACCCUUCACGACGCCGGAUCUGAUCUCCCACUCUUACGUGGAGGCGUGCGGGUUUCAGCCCAGGACCGAAGCGACUCAAGUCUAUGCGGUUCAGGACUCCGAGCUGUGCCUCGUCGGAACUCAAGAGAUCCCUCUUGCCUCCUUCUACAGCAACCAGAUCCUGCCGAAGAGCUCUCUGCCGAUCAAGAUGGUCGGGUUCGGCCACUGCUUCAGAAAGGAAACGGGGUCCACCAGCGAGGCCCGCGGCCUGUAUAGACUCCAUCAGUUCUCCAAGGUGGAAAUGUUCGUCCUCUGUAGGCCGGAGAAAGCGAAAAAAACGCACCAGGAACUCCUGGACAUCCAGUGCGAGCUCCUGCAAGAGCUGGGACUCCACUUCAGAGCCAUCGACAUGCCGUCGGAUGACCUGGGCGCGCCGGCCUACAGAAAGUACGACAUAGAGACGUGGAUGCCCUACAGAGACGGAUAUGGAGAGGUGACCAGCUGUUCCAACUGUCUGGAUUACCAGUCCCGCCGCUUGAACAUUAGGUGCAGGCGAGAGGAGGGGACGUCUCCCGAGUUCGUCCACACACUGAACGCGACGGCGGUCGCAGUUCCGCGCGUAAUUCUGUCGAUUUUGGAGAAUUUCCAGUUGGCCGAUGGGACGGUCAGGGUUCCAGAGCCCCUCGUCCCGUUCAUGGCCAACAAGACGCAUUUGUUCAGCCAACGAAACAGUUCUGCACAUACGCCUCUUUAUUUUACACAGUAA